AUGGCCACUGUUCAGACUCCUCAAGGUACUGCUCUGGCAAAGGCCUUGAAUGUAUCUCUAGUUCCGCUCACUGCUGAAGGAAAUACGGGUUCCAAGGUGCCGCUCUAUCUUACAGCCUAUGCCGCGGAGCUAGAACAAGAAGACAAGCCUUUACUUUUGUCAAUCGAGGACAUUGAUGCUAUCCUUUGGGCCGCUAUUCACCAAAAAUUCCAUACCCAGAAGCUGGCUUAUUUUUACUUCUAUCGUUCUUGGAAACACUCAGAAGACAUGCUUCGUUCUCUCUCAAAGUCUUCUUCUGAUAAUGCAAAAGCCCAGUCUAGUACUUUGCGUGAACUUCAAUCCUUUUUAAUUAACUAUGGCCUUCUGGCUGCUACAGAGCCAGAUGUUUUUGAGCCAGAAGAAGGAAACAAACCUUUUGACCUUGCAGCUUUUAUCACUAAACAAAAUGACGACUCGGAACGCUUUUGGUCGUUUUUCCACCUGGUUGCAAACCGAGCGGCUGAAAACGCCACUUUAACAGAGCUCAUUGAGCCCAUUGUCCAACAAAUCAACUCUAAGAUUCUGUCGUCUCCCACGCAAAAUCUCUCCAUCUCUGCAUCAUAUUUGGAGACCUUUGAGCACCUGGUCUCGAAUAAAAAUAUUCUCAAUGCCAUUGUCAGCUUGGAAAGCUUCAACCCAAAGGGAAUAUCAGCCCCUGAAUUGGAGAAAAAAUCAGUUUUAGGUCCAGUUUUGAGCAUUUCUCCAGUAAACCCGCAAUCCUCAAUGGCAACUUUUGGCAAUUCAUCAUCCCUCACUAAAGCUGCAAUUCAAAACGCCUAUGCAGGUAUUAGGUCUGAGCUUAAAUUCAUUCAGGAAAAGCUUUUUUAUCUUUGUGACAAGAUUAUCCGUAACUCGGAGGAAACCAGAAACAAGCUUUUGGAGUUUUUUGGAAGCUUAAUUGACGCCAAUCACAAGCGCGUCGCCAUGCAGGUCGAUUACAAGGUUAUUUCAUCCGACGCUAUAAUGAUUAACGUGACUGCUCUUCUGGUCCGCUUUUGCGAACCCUUUGUGGACGUGCAUGGAACCAAAAUUGACAAGAUCUCAAUGGAUUACUUUAGCAUUAAACCAGUUUAUACCAUUGAUGAUGAGACUAUGAUUAAUGGUGACUCAACAGAGGCCAAGGCCUUUUACGAAAAAACUAAGGACUCGACGAAAAAAGCAAACUUCAUCUCGGACGUUUUUUACCUUGCAAUUGCCUACCUUCAUUAUGGUGGUGGCGGGUGUAUGCAUUACCACGAACGCACUCGCAAACAUUUGGAAGAUAUGCAGAAUCAUGAGCAAUAUUUAAAGAAACAGCUGGAACAGUACAAGGGGACACCCAACGAACGAGCACUUAAAAUGGCACUUGUCAAGCUGGAAGGCGAGAAGAAUAUUAUUAAUGCUUACUUCCAUCUCAUUAAGGCAGUUCUUUUUGACCACCAUUUACAAUCACAGAUUAUGAAGUUUAACCUUUUUCUUUCUCUUUUCCUUGUUCGAGCAGUCGACCCGGAGAAGAAGUACCCAUCACAAAAGAUAUCGCUGCCCUUCCCCUCGGACCAACCACCAGACUUUUUCAAAUUUUGGCCGGAAUACUUUUUGGAUAUUAUUCCCACUUACUUUUUAUUCUUCUCACGAAACCUUCCAGAUCUCUUAAUUCAUCAAAACUUGUCGCCACUGCUCACAUUUCUUGUUACAUUUCUGAGAAUGACUCAUUACGUCAAGAAUCCAUAUGUCAAGACGCGCUUUGUCGAGGUCAUCUUUACAGGUUCUAUUGAGUUGUUUGUUAAUACAAGGGGAUUUUUUGUGGAUGCCUUCAAUACUGAUCAUAUGUGCUUGGACAAUCUUUUCCACACUUUAUUACAGUUUUACAUUGACAUUGAACGAACUGGCGCUAGCUCCCAGUUUGAAGAUAAGUUUAACGCGCGUUAUUACAUUUCCCAAAUCAUUAAAACACUCUGGAACAAUCGAGUUUACCGAGACCGGUUAGAGGCAGAGAGCAAGACAGAUACUGAGUUUUUUGUUCGGUUUGUGGCUUUGUUGCUUAAUGAUGCAACAUAUCUUCUCGACGAGUCUCUCUCCAAACUUUCUGAAAUCCACCGUCUUCAAAAAGAGCUUGAAAGCAGUGAUCCUGCUAAUAUUUCUGCUGAGCAGACUGAUCAACAGCGACAACUUGCCUCGGUGGAGCGCAUGGCAAAAUCUUAUGUCCAGCUUGCUCAACAAUCAGUGGUCUUGCUCAAGCUUUUCACCCAGGCUGUCCCCAGAGCAUUUGUCACGCCCGAACUUGUUGACCGUUUGGCAGCUAUGCUUGACUACAAUUUAGAGGCUCUUGUUGGGCCCAAAUGCCGUGAGCUUAAGGUUAAAAACUCUGAAGAGUAUGGGUUUAAGCCUCGGGAGUUGUUGAGUUAUAUGGUGGAUGUUUACCUCAAUCUUUCAAAACAAGAGGAAUUUAUCAAGGCGGUGGCCAAUGACGGUAGAUCUUUCCGACCAGAACUGUUUGAUCGUGCUGUUGAUUUGCUGAGCAAGCGUCUGCUCAAGUCUCCAGCAGAAAUUGACCAGCUUAAGAAGUUUGCAGCUGAUGCUCUCCGCCUCAAGAAUGAAACUGAGGCCGAUGAAGAGGAGCUUGGAGAAAUUCCUGAUGAGUUUAUGGACCCUAUUAUGUUUACCCUCAUGAAGGAACCUGUUGUUCUGCCGACUUCAAAAAUAACUGUAGACUUGGCAACUAUCAAAUCUCAUUUGCUAAGUGACUCUACUGACCCGUUCAAUCGUUCGCCAUUGACUAUCGAUCAAGUAACGCCCAAUACUGAUUUGAAGAAGCGUAUUGAGGAGUUUAAGCAAUCACGUAAGCGUGUUAAAAUUGAACACAAUUAA